AUGGCUCAGGCAAUGGACACCAAAGUGCCAACAGAGAGUACACUGUCGAGCGCUGAAGUCUCGCAAUACCUCCACCGAGAUGUGCAAAAUGAAGCUGCACUGGCCGUCCUGGCAGCUGCCUAUCCGGAAAGGACAACCAGCUUGAUACGUUACCGCGGCGAGUUCGCAAGGUGUUUCGAGAUUAUCAGAGAUAGAGGAGAAGCUACGUGGACAUCAGAGACCCUGGAAGCCGCGAUAGCUCUUCAGCCGGCCAUUGACUACUAUACGGAGGAGCUGCCCCGUGAGCUCCUCCUCCUGCCACCCUUUGCCGAAACGAAGACGAGCACAGAUUUUGGCCCCUUGCCGCCGGUGGCUGACUUGGACUUGCACCGGUUUCAACGUGCUCUGUACCGGUUCGACUCGACAUGCCCUCUUACCAGUCACCCAAACCAUUACGUCUCGAUCCAUUAUUAUCAUGACAGAGAGGCGGUGUCGCCCUAUUCUGACGUGGAACUCAACCAAGUCAGCAUGCUGCGUGAAAUGCUUUUCUAUCGGAUGUCUCAAGUCUGCGGAAAGUACUUGGACAGCGUAGGGAAGCGUCAAGGUAGACCCGAUCGGCAAGACCGGAAGUUCCGCGACAAGAAUACCAUUCAUGGCAUCAUGUCUCACGGCCUGCAAUUCAUGUACGAACUUGAAAUGCAAACCACCGAUAAGGGCAUAGAGGAGGUUCUCCAGAGAGUCAGUCUUGCUGGUCGCUGGAGUGGGCCCCAACCCCGCAAAAGCGGGCUUUCAGAAGAACUCUGCAUCCUACGGCGCACCCUUGACGAACGUCUUGGGUACAAGCCACGUGGCUGUGGAGAGCAUGAGGGUCGAGAAUGCUAUGAGGAGGAGGUUCGGUUCAGAAAUAAGAGCGACUCCAGGAGCCGGGAAAAUUACUCAAAACAGACGGAUUUAGGAACAUGGGAGAUGUUAAAAGCCAUUGCGACUUGGUUUCAACAGUCGGCAUCAGGCAGCCCGGAAGAGACGGCGGCUGAAAGAGCCCGAACCCGCCAGGUUACAGAAGACGUCGGCACUUGUAUAGGUCAAAUACAUCAGAGGUGGGGGGUGCCACGGGUGCCAGCUGAACAGAUUCGAUCCGGGAACUCCAGCGGCCCGACAUCAGCUUACUCAGAACUGACGGAGGAUGAAAAAUCGGCGAAGUUAGAAUCCAUUGCAGCUGAGUUAAAACAGUCGACAUCAGGCCGCCCGGAAGAGACGGCGGCUGAAAGAGCCCAAGCCCGCCAGUUGACAGAAGACUUACGCACUCGCAUAAGUCAAAUGAAACAGAAGCAGAAGGUGCCACGGGUGCCAGCUGAACAGAUUCGAUCCGGGGACGCCCAUCCUGCCGGUGACGACUAG